GCGCGGGCCGCCAGGACCCCGGGACCCCCGUCCCGCCGACCCCCGCCGAGCCUGCCGAGCCCCCUUCAGGGUCGGGGGACCACCCGAGGGGCAGGACGAGACCCCGCCCCAGCAGAGACUCCCGGGACGUGGGGAGACCCCCGUCGGUGGCCGAGACCCCUGCCCUGGGCCAGCCCUGCCCUUCACUCCCGCACCCACGGCAGAGGCCGCAGUUGGGCCUGGACCCGGUCCCGGGAGCCGCGCUCUCUGGACUCAGACCCCAGCUACCAGGCCGAGAGCCCGCAGACCUGAGAUCCGUCUCCCUCCUUGCCCCCUAACUCCAGACUGCCCCCCGCCCCCAGCCCUGCCGGAGCCGGCCAGCGGAAGCAUUCUUGGGUGCCGCCCUCCAGGCCUUGCCGUCGCCCCAGCCUGUGCAGACCUUUCGUCCUGGCUGCCCCGCCCCCCCGUGCCUCCUUCCUUCUCAGCCUGGGCAUCCUCGCAGCUCAUCCCACCCCCGCCCCCAGGACUCUCCGCGGAGCCCCGACCCCGACUCAGAGCCUUCUGUCCCGCCCUAGGCCUCCCACGUCCUUUCUUAGCCUGCAGGAGUUCGGAGUGAGGGAGCCGUGGACCUGCUGCGGGAGCUGAAAGCCAUGCCUGUCACGCUGAGCCUGCUGCAGUCUACACGGGUUGGCAUGUCUGUCAACGCCCUGCGGAAGCAGAGCUCUGAUGAGGAGGUCAUCGCGCUGGCCAAGUCUCUGAUCAAGUCCUGGAAGAAGCUCCUGGACGCCUCCGAUGCCAAAGCCAGGGAGCAGAGGAGGGCUGGGCCUCUCCCCACAUCGUCCUCGAAGGAGGCCCCCGAGGCCAAGGAUCCCAGCCGCAAGAGGCCAGAGCUACCCAGGAUGCCGCCGGCGCCGAGGAUCACCACCUUCCCGCCUGCGCCGGUCACGUGCGACGCAGUGCGCAGCAAGUGCCGGGAGAUGCUGGCCGCGGCCCUGCGGACCGACCAUGACCACAUGGCUGUUGGCGCGGACUGUGAGGGCCUGUCAGCCCAGAUUGAGGAAUGCAUCUUCCGGGACGUGGGAAACACGGACAUGAAGUACAAAAACCGUGUGCGGAGCCGCAUCUCCAACCUCAAGGACGCUAAGAACCCCGACCUGCGGCGGAACGUUCUGUGUGGUGCCAUCACUCCCCAGCAGAUCGCGGUCAUGACGUCGGAGGAGAUGGCCAGUGAUGAGCUGAAGGAAAUCCGGAAGGCGAUGACCAAGGAGGCUAUCCGAGAGCACCAGAUGGCCCGCACGGGGGGCACUCAGACAGACCUGUUCACCUGCGGAAAGUGCAGGAGGAAGAACUGUACCUACACGCAGGUGCAGACGCGCAGCUCUGAUGAGCCCAUGACCACCUUCGUUGUCUGCAAUGAGUGUGGAAAUCGCUGGAAGUUCUGCUGAGCCCUCCUUGAGAUGUGCGUGGAGCCUCAGGCUGUGGCCAGCACAUUGCUGCGGCCUCCCCGUGUUCUCUGUCGACAGACACUGCUUCUUGACAUCUGCCCUGUGCCCACCUGAACUUCCCCAGAGGGCUGCGCACCCUGCUCCCCAACCUUGCCUGUGGUACACCUUUCUUCCUCUUUCCCCCAAAUUAUUAAAUGUUUCUUUUUGCCA